CAGAUAAUUGAUCAAGACAAAUUUUGAACAUCACCCUGUACUUCCUUAACGGAAUAAUUUACAAGAUUUAUACAAGGAUUAGUUACUUAAAAUAUAAAGCGAUAUCUUAUUUCUCUUGUAAAAAUGUUGAAUUUGGACCGAGGAGUAAAAGCAUCCAAAAAAAUUGUGUACACAAGAAUAGCUAACAUAAAGAAUAUGUGGAAAUAUCUAGAUAAUACCUGGGAAUACCUAAAAAUCCCCAGAGAAUAUCUAAAAAUCUCCAGAGAAUACCUAAAAAUCACCAGAGAAUACCUAAAAAUCGCCAGAGAAUACCUGGAAAUAACUAAGAAUAUCCAGAAAAUACCUGGAAUGCCGAUAUAAUACUUGUCCAAAGAAUAUUCGAAGAAUACCUGUGAACACCCAAAUUUCUAGAAAUAACCAAUAAAUUCUAAAGGAAAAGUAGGGGGGAGAAAUAGGGGAAGAAGUCUUAUUUUGUGGAACUAGUGAAUAUAAACGAAGGUCUCAAAGGUCACAUCUCUGACCAAUUUUAUUUAGUUUAUUUAUAAACGAUAUCAGCCGUUGUUUCGUGUUCUAAUAACAGCAAAACAGUAGUAAAACGGACAAAAAUUGAUGACGAUGAUUAAGACUGCAAAAC